AUGAUGGAUAAUAUAGGGAAAGGCGCCGGACUAGGGUCCCACACCGACGGGGCAUUCGAGAGAUUUUUGACAGCCGCCAUCGCUACAAUAGUAACUAUAUUGUUCUCGUGGAGGCUACUGGAGGAACAACAUAACCAAGUUGACAAUGGCCGCCCCAAACAAAAAUUCAGUUCAAAACAUUUGACAAAUUCGGCGAUAAAACCCGAUAAACAUGGUGAAUGUGACAACGCAAAUGAACGCAUUGUGGGUAAUUCUACCUCUCAGAGCCUCACUGCCGAAGUGCCGGCCAUAUCAAAUUCGGACGUUGUAAUAUCGGAACGCGGCACAAAUGACGGCUCGGGGCCAGACGACUACUGCGUUUCAGAUGAUGAAGACGAUAGUCCUACCUGGGCCGAAUACAGUUGGGAAGAGGACAUGUAUGGCGCCGUACACACCCGUCGGUCAGCAAAAGACUUUAUCGCGUCUGCUAAAAGGUUGAAGGACGAUGAAAGUUCUUCAACAGAGUGUAACGAUAUUUCACCACCACUGUCAAGUGAAAUGCUCGAGGAAAUGUAUGUAAAUAGCGAAUACAGAAGUGCAGUACAAGAAUCAGAGAGUGAUAUGCAAAUUAAUGACAGUAGUGAUGAGGAAGAGGGGGCCGAGAGUGACGAGGAAGAGGGGAGUGAUGAAGGGGGGUUUCAUUGUAGUCCAGUUGACGAUAAUCAAGUAUAUUUUCCUCAGACGUUAGCACCUAUCAUUGAGGAAGACUCUGACGAUGAUUUUGAUGAGACAGACGAAAGUGAAACUGAAAUUGGAUUUAACAGUAAUGAAACGCAAAAUGCUCCCAACGGAUUGGAUAGAAGAAACCAAGAAGAGACUGCCGAACAUUUUCCAGGUAGCAGUAAACAGCCAUUUUCAGAUGCAUUAACUACGCCCACUGUGACAAACGAUGAAAAACAGCAAGAGGGGAGUUUAAAUGUUAACGAGACUGAAACCAAAGAAUGCGGAGAACUUGAUUCAAAGUCGGAUAUAAUUACUUUUAACAAUUACCCCGAAAAUCUGACAUACUUGGACUCAGACGAAGCGGAACUUACGUGCAAUUUACCUGUGCGAACGUGUGCAAUUGACGAUGACGAAAAUCUGUCUGAUGAAUCGUGCAGUACUUGUAGUAGUAGUGCCUCGGUUAUGACAGUCGUGAGUGUCAACACGUGGGAAUUAAACAAAGCGAAAGAGAAAGUGGAUAAUCAGCAAACUAGUCAAGCAUGUUCCAUUUUGUCCGAAUGUGAAAAGGUCAAAGACCCAACCAACAAAAGCCUCCUCGCAUUCAUACACAAUGUCGAAAGCUCUUCAGAGGACAGCUGCAAAUCUGACUUCACGAUAUCAAGCCAAUCAGCAAACACUAUCGAAAGAGAUUUAAAUGCAGAAGUACCCAAAGAUUUGGAAGUGACCAUACUCACGGAUUUGCACGCCACAAACAAAAAACAGGGAACUGCAAGUGAUUUGGAUUAUGAAGAAUUUGUUCAGUCGAUUAAUGAUCAAAGUGAAUUUCGCAAAGAGGGAGAUAGACAGAAAACCAAUGAAAAUGGCCAAUUGAGCCCCACUUUCGUUGAAGAAAUUCGGAAAAGUUUAGCGUACGACAACAGAUUUGACGAUGACAUUGAACCUCGAGAAUAUAACCCUUUUGAAGACGACUACUGCGACUCGAGUGAAGAUACGGAUGAUAGCGACUCCUUCUUUAUGGUUGUGGGGAAUAACGGACAUUUGAGGAAUUUCGAAACAGUAAACAAUUUAAACAUUGCUGGAUUAUCACACCCUUGUGAAGACUUGAGGACUCUUAUGCAUAGUCCUAAUCAGUCGCUAGUGUUCUCUAGGACUGAAGACAUAAGCAUAGAGCAUCGGAGCAGAUAUUUUACAAGGGAACGAAACAUUGAUACUGAUAACAGCGCAGAGUACUUAAACAAUAUCAAUGAAAUAGAUCUAGUCAUUCACGAGUCAAAUGAAGUUUUGAACGAAUGCCCAGUUAUCUCGGAGAGUGCUUAUCCACCAGAGGACCUCGAAAAGGACGCGUCCGAUAAAACAGAAAAUCAUGAUGGUCAUUACGAGGAAGACGUUAUUGUUAUAGAUGAGAAAACACGUCUUCUUAAUGAAGCCAACACAGCAGCAACGAAUAUCGAUUUCAAUCCGCGAGAUAAUGCAUCAGCUGUCCAAAUUGAAAACAUUCUAUCAUAUACCAAGUCAAGCAACGAAGAGCAAGAUGAAAGUCGUGACAAGAAUUUAAUACAGCGUACUAAUCAGGAAGAUGAAAUCAGUGAAAGCGAAGAGAGUCAUCCUUCUUGUGAUGACAAGCUAUUGCACAUUUCAGAGGAGGAUUUAGCCUCGAAAAAAGAUCUUAACGAGCAAGAACAAAAUAUUUUAAACGAACAAGAAAAUAUACAAAAUGAACAAAACGAGGAAAUAAUUCCAGAUAAAACAAACAAUGAUAACGAUACUGUAGACUUUCUUAUUGAAAAUUUGCCCAUUUCAAACGAUGACGUGUCAGUCCAUACUUAUUCUAACAAAUCACAAGACAAAGAUGUUAUUGCAAACGAAAACGCUGAAUUAUUAGACUCCUCGAGACAAAGUCGUUACAAUCCACCAAUAACAGAAGAUCAAGAAGUAUUAGAUGCAAAUAGUAAUGUUAAGAAUUUACAUUGCAUAGAAGAGGCACUUAACUGUGAUCAUAUUAAUUCUGAAGUAGAAACAAUUCCAGAAUCGGAUAGUAAACCUGUUGACACUAUGUCUGGCGCUACAGAAUCUGAUGUGUUGGAAUCCGAUUUGGACAUAAUGAAACGAUCUAAGCCAAUUGAUCAAGACGUGUAUGAUCAAAACCUGGAAAUCUGGAACAAAUAUUUGGAUAGAUCAGGUACAAGUCGCGUGGCUCGAACACCUUUGCAGAAACCGUCCUCGUUUCGUCGAGAUUCAAAGGGCGUGAGAGCUAAGCUAAGUAAACAAGUACCGAGGAAGAGACAACCAAUAGUCUACGACUCGGCCCUCCUUGCCCCAGUAACAGAACCCGAGAGGAAGACUUUUGUUUUCGAGUUUCCAAAAAAUGUUCCCCUUUCCAGGCAGAAAAUAUUUGCUAUGCGACAGAGAUUUUUAAGCCAAGAAUGUUUGGCACCAAGUCCUAUGCAAGACAAAUUUGCAUCGCACAAAGCAUCACUUACCUCAAUUCCAAAAACUGGACGCUACAAAAAGCGCGAACUCUCGUCAUCGCGAAAUUCAUUAAGAAAUUCCAGUAUUGAAAGGAUAGAUCAUAUAAGCAGCUUGUACUCAUCUCGUGUUUCAUGUGACGAAUCAUUUGAAAAAAGAGAACUGCAUUCCCUGCAUGAAAAUUGCAUGUUUUCACCUCAAAUUCACGAAGAAAUUCAUAAUACCACGGAAUCCAUUGACAAUUUAAACACUAGUUUUUCAGUGAGUGGGUCGGAUAUGAUGCGGUAUAGUUCUAUGGCUUCUCUAGUUGAAACAGAUAUAGAUACUGGCGAAACCACAGAAGCCCUUUUUAUAUUCCCUGAUUCUGAUGUUGAAUGUGACUUUGAUUUUCAGAGUUCCAUCAAGAGGGCCCACAGUAUGAGUGAACUGGGUGUCAAGAAACAAACCAAGAAGACAUCACGGGGUCGUUUCGCAGACAGAAAUGUCGCCAAGUCAAAGAGUUUACAGACCCUUGAAACAAACAUAGACGAUGUUUUCUCAGCAAAAGGGGAGGGAAACCUCGCACGUGUUCCUUCUGUUCAUGAACUUCGGGUGUCGAAAUCUCUACAAAAACUUAAUGUUCCUGAUUGGUUUAAGAAUUCUAGUGUCUCACGUAGUGGUAGUACUUUUAGUUUAUAUGGAUCCCAACAGAGAAGGGACUCAACAUCAACAAUGUCAUCAAUGGGCUACCCGCCUAGUCUCUCCUCAUCUGCAUGUCAAUCUCCAUCACAGCAAAACCCUGUUGUUAUUAGAACUCGAGUGACACCCCCUAGUGCCAAGUUUUUCCGUGGUCCUAAGUUACCAAUGACUCCCGAAAAAGCACCCAUAUCCCAAACUAGUUUAUCAUUACCAAGUGACAAAUUCAGAAAUAAAGAAAAACCCAAAGAAUUAAUGCCCAUACCUAUAGUGCCUUUUUCACAGUUACGACUAAUGUUUGAAAAGAGUACCGAUAAGAAGGGUGGUGAGACUUCUCCGGUGAAACCUUCUACAAAUACCCCCCUCAAUGCUUCUACAACUUCACCAACUAGACCUAACCAUAUCCCUAUAUCUGAUACUAAAGUUCCGCCAUCAAUUCUCAAAAAGACGACACCGCUUUCAUCGACAAUUGAGGACAGAUCUCCCAUGCAACUAACGGAGCAUUUUUCAAACGGAGAAUUAAAUCAUGAGCCAUAUAAACAACGCAAGCCUCCUGGACUGGAAGCUGUUGUUUCUAGUCCACAAAACGUCGAAAAUGACCAAGUUCUGACGGAAGAGAAUAAGCUACAUAAAGAAUACACAGAUGGUCCAAACUCUCAUGAUGUGCAACCAAAGACUGCCAACACAAAGCCCCCGGUGGCCAGUCGCCCUACGCCAAAGCCAAGACAACCCAAACCAGCUGUACCCGACUCCCAAAGUAGGAAAGAAACAACUGUUUAAAACUGGUGACUGCUGUACAUGGUUUUUCCUAACGGGGCUGAUGGCUGGUGCAUUAUUGGAAACUAAGGAGAGAGAGAUAGGAACUCAGGGUGAAUAUGAUAGGCUGAAAAAAAAGACAAGAGACAGAUUCGACCGUGAAUCAAUUGGCAGUGUGCUGGACAGAGAAAUUAUUUUGUAAUGGAGUUCGUAAUAAGCGGCUUGAUUCUCUUUUUGAAACUGACAAUACUUUAUGUCACAGUGCAAUUUAUUGGUGAAACAGUCGACUGUAUCAUUAACACUAGUCUUUAUCAUGUUUAACAAAUAUUUGUCAAAGUGAUAUUUUUGUUCAGUAUUUUAAGAGAGAAAUUCCUUACUUCGUUUUACCUGUAAUAUUGCAUUAUUUUUUUUUUUGGUUGAUUUUGUGUGAUGUAUGGGUUGGUAGUAUUUACUGACCCGCAGUUAUGUUAUGCUUAACCCCCCAACCCCCCUACGACAUCGUUUGUAUUUUACCUAUGUUUGGAGUUUGACUCCGGUACAAAAAUUCAUAUAUUGUAGAAUUUCAAAAGCAAGAGAUGCACACAUUAAGUGAUUAAGUUGGUUCGAUUGUUUUUUGCUCCACUGAGUCAGCAGAUACAUGUUGUCUGGAUAAAAGGUUACAAUGGCACCGUAUAAGAAAAGUUCGCUUUAAUGAUGUUUUUUUUUUUUUACCUUUGUAGACUGAUUUUACCUAGUGGCAAUUAUAUUUUGAUCGCACAUCUGUUACUUUUAUCAACUUGCUGGAGAAAAUAUUUCUUUAAUCUUCAACAAGAUGGUUAUCAGCCCUUAUAGUAGCUCAGGUAUUGACCGUCAACCGAGUGUGACAUACAUAGUACAUCUCCAUACCAGUCAUUCUGUCAGAAUUAAGAUAAUCAGAGCCCGCAUCGCUCCACCCAGCACAAGAACAUUCUCCUCUGAUUAUGACUUUUCAAUUAUGUAAAGCAAAUUCUUGGAUAUAGUUUGGCAGGAUGUUUUCAUUUUCUAUAUCACAACGAGGAAAGGUUUUGUAAAUAAAUGAUGAACCUGAACUUUUCAUAUAUUAUUAAUCGUAUAGAGGAAAAUAGGGGGAUUGCACAAUAUGCACCACAAAAUAUUCUAUAAUCAAUGAAUAUUUCAUCAUAUUUUAAUUAGGCAAACGUGUGUUAAAUGAUUCAUGUUCUAACAAUUCUAACAUUGACAUUUUGCUUUAUUCUGCUGUUUCUGAACGAGCGAAAGAUGUAAAAGGGGGGAAAAGUGAAUUUUCUGUUGACAAAUGGUUAUAGUACAAUUUCGGUUUCAUUACAGAAUACAGAAGUAUUCAGUCGCUGACGGGAAAUAUCAAGUGUAACUUGAUUAUGUUUGUGUCGAUCUGUUUUCUGUGUAUGUGUAAUGUAGUUUUUCACCUAAGGUCAAUUCUCCUGACAGAUGCUAAGGCCCCCGGGGAGUUUGUUUCUUCUUUCUUAACACCAGACAUCAGUAUGGUAUAGGUAAUAAAAAACAGAAGAAAAUGGGUUUUUUUAUAUUUAUUUGAGAAACCGUGCGCGACUUGUAUCUAUUGUCAUAUGUUGUACAUGAUUUUGUUGUGGGGAUUUUUAUAUUAUGAAAAUGUGAAUCAGUGAGGAUGAUUUUUGUCUCGUUUUUUGUUUAUCAGUGAAUUAUUUGAAAAAACGUAUUUUAUAUAUUUUUAAAACGUAAUUCAAAGGGCGAUUGAUGGCUGCUUAAAAAUAUUGUGAUUUAUAUAUUGUGAAAAAUAUAAAGGAUAUUAUAUGAAAUAUUUUUUAUCAAAAUUGAUAAACUCAGUGAUACGAUAUUACCAAAUCAUGUAAUUUCACAGAUUGUUAAGUUUUAUAAUUGAACGAAACUGAAUAAAACUUGUUUAACGUGA